GGUACAACUUCAGCAUCUAGUUUAUAGCGAGGUUGUAGAAUACUGCCGUGUGACGGCAGAGGAGCACGAGAAAAGAGCCCGAGUUUCGGCACGAGGAGCGCGCUUCCUCGAACUUGAAAAUGACCUCUGACUUCACAUAGGCAGCAGGAUUACUGGAAGCUCAGCCGGACGAGCAGGGCCGAGUGCGAUGGCGGGGCACAACUGUGACCAGCUGAGGCUGAGUCUUAGUGGCCUCACCGCCCUAGCUUUCCUGGCUUUCUGUGCCGUCAAAGUGGAGGCAUGGGGCUACCAUGGAGCACGAAGCUUGCCUGGGCUCGGCCGGCGUGUUGUCGCAGGGACAAGUUUUGACCUGCUCUCAGCGCUUGAGGACCCGAGCAUUGACAGGAUAGUAUUAACGGGUGAUCUCGUUCUCGACAAGCGCGUCUUCAGCUCGGACAGCGAGGUGAGAAGAAAAACGUUCCGCGCGCAGCGAGCGUCCUUCUGGAGCUGCUUCCUGCUGAUUUGAGUAACUCAUAAUAAUGUGGAAUACAUCGCUGCUUUCCGUGAUGCACAUGAUGGUUACUUCCGUAUGCCUGAGCCGCGUCACCAAGACUGGAGCUGACACCCCGUUCCUGCGGGCCCCUUCUUGUGCUGUCCCCUCCUGUCCCGUCCUGCAACAACACGUCUUUCCGCUACACAUUCGGCGCAAUGUGACUAUCAAAAGUAUCCUGACUAGCGAAGCGUUCGCGAGUCUGGACUUUCGGUACCUGUCAGGCGUGGUAUUUCGUGACUGUGUGCUUCAUCGCUUGGCGUGUCUGCCCAUGGACAUGGUUUACGAGAGCAUCAUUCACGGUGGCGAAGUGAGCCAUGGUGACGGAAGCGGCCAGAAGCUGCGGGAAGGUGCCGGAAAGCUGGCUCCGCCGCCGCCGCCAGGGCACUCGGCGGCGGCAGGGAGAGCGGGAGGUGGCGGCGGCGGCAGCAGGGUGAAGGGCAGUGGCGAGGACAGUGCGGGGGAAGAGCGUGGCACGGCGGCCGUGACGUUGGGUCCGACAGAGGUGGAGUUGGUGCAGCGCUACUGCUUCAGUGCGGUGCAGGGUGGGCGCUACUGCCGCCCACAGGCGCUGCAGCUGCACCGCUACGUCUACGCCACGCCCGUGCCCACGGCGCUGCUACAGCCGCCGCAGUCUGGCGCCGCCGCGGUGGCGCCGACCGGCGCGGCGGCUGUAGCAGGCGCGGAUGGCGCGGCGGUAGUAGCCGAUCCAGUUCCUGUAGGCACGGCUGGUCCGGGCGGGGCCGCAGCUACAGCCGCGGCAGCUGCAGCCGCGGCAGCUACUGCCGCGGCGUUCACGCUUGUGGCCGAGGACACGGUAAUGGUGUGUGAUCACCCCGUGAGCGCAGCGUGUGUGCGCGACAAUGGCCCCGAGUUCUGCGUUAAGCGGGAAAUCGCGGCUCGCCUGGCGGCGGAGGAGCGACAGAGCUCCAGCCUGGCGGCAGCCGUUGGCGCAACCGUCGCGGUUACGGCGAUGGCGGUUGGCUGGUGGGUGCUGGCGGCGCGGCGGCGCAGCAGGAAGGCCGCGGCGGCGGCGGCGGAGGAAGAGGCGGCAGCCGCCCAGGAGCAGCAACGGUUGUGGGCGCAUUCGGCGGCUGUGGCAGCUGGGGAGUCUGGCGGGACCGAGGUGCAGCAGGCUCUGGAGGUGUUGCUGCGGCAGCUGGCGGUGGCGGGUGACAGCGCGGCGCCGUCGGCGUCGGCCGCGCCGUCCACCAGCGGCGAUGGGCGCUUCGUGCGCAUGUCCGGCAGCUCAAACUCCCGCACGACCUCGCGCAACCCCUCCCGCACCGUGUCGCGGACCUCCACGCGCAACCCCCUCGACGCCGGUGCUGGCGGCGGCGCCGCCGCCGCCGCAAGCGGUCUCGCCGGCCCUACCAGCAGCUCCGUCUUUUCGGCCGUAAGCCAGACGACCAGCGCCAACCAACAUGCCGCACUGGCGCUGGCGCUGGCGCCGGCGAACAACAGCAACAGCAGGAGCAGCGCUGCCCUCGGCACCGGCGGCGGAAGCGGCGCGCCGCCAUCAGCGGUGUCGGUCGCCGCGGCGGCGCUGGCUGCGGCGGUCGCGAACGCGAACGCAAAUGCUAACACCGGCUCGGGCGCGGGCACAGGCGCGGCCGCACAGGUUGUUAAGCGGUCUUCCGGACGGACAGGAGCGACGCAGUCCGUCCCUACCAGCGGCGCAACAUCCGGGACGGGUGUCGGCGGCGCCGCCGCCACAGUGCCGUACGCACCGCACGACAGCGUUGCGCCGAUUGACCCUGCCAUGCUACUGGCAGCGGACCGGCUGGGACGGCGGAUGCAUGCCCAGGGCGGCAAGGGCGAGGUGGCCUCUCCCAACGCAAACACACAAGGCAUGAGCGCGAACUCACACACGACGGCCACGCCGGCGACGGCCACCAGCGCCGAUGCGGAUGAGCUGGCGGCGCUGGUAGGGGCGACGGCACGCUCUAGUGCCGGCGGUCUGCUGAAGCCGGCUGCAAUCGAGACGCAGGGUAGGUGGGCGUAAAGAUGCCGCACGUGGGCACGUGGGACUCAUGUGUUGUGUGCCGGCAAGAGGUUAUGCAGAGUUAUGCGCUGACUUAUCGCAGCGCAGUGGAGAUAAGUCUAGUUAUUGCGACGUAACUGCCGUGUUGCGUUAGAGUCACGCACGGCGCAGGACGCUCGGGUACGUGCCUGUGCAUGGGGCCGAACCGAGCUGGGUCUUGUACGCGUCAGGAGCACACGGCGCCUUAUCUGCCGUUGUGCUUCUGUACUGUAUUUCGGAUCGUCCCUCUGCCGGGACGGUGACCUCAGUGUGUCGCACUUAAACGUUCCCUACAUUUCUGGACUUUCUUUGCAAUCCUAUACCUGGUUCUAACUAUACUUUACCAUGUCUGGACCGAAUAAGCGUUUAAUAUAUACUCAGACGGAGUUGCAGCGUUUUGUUGCGCGAUCCUGCUCAAUGGAACCCCUUAGCUUGAUCACGCUCGCUCUCUGAUCGUAAGGGAAUGCCCUUCGACGCUUCUCUGGCGCUUUGGACCACGCUUUGGUUCGGGGGCCGCAUUCGGGAGCAAAUCGGAGCAGAGCGGAGCUUUCAAGCGGAGCAAAGGCGCGCGAAGCGUUGCGGACAAGGCGUUCGGCAAGUCGCUGAAAGCAAAAGGGCAUGCACAGCUGUGCGGGCGGGCUACUUGCUUGCCAUGCGGGUCCUGCUUGCCGUGCCUUCGUGUCUACCCGUCGCUUUACAGUUCACAGCUUUGUGCAAUACCUUUCCACAUCUUCCAUCGUGCCACCCCCACCUCCCCAAGACCCUCAGGACUUUUGGCGCGGUACUUCCCCUGUCUGCCUAUCCAGGCCGCAGGGCCCGCGUGCCCUUGGGGAAAGGGCGUGUGUGCCGUUGGGAUCCGGCCUGUGCGCCGCAAGCAACGGGCUUUGCGCCCUUGCCUUAUGGACAAUGGACGGCAUACGUGCCCUUAUGAUACGGCCUGUGUGCCGCAAGCAAUGGGCUCCGCGCCCUUGCUUUAUGGACAAUGGACGGCAUACGUGCCCUUAUGAUACGGCCUGUGCGCCGCAAGCAAUGGGCUCCGCGCCCUUGCUUUAUGGACAAUGGACGGCAUACGUGCCCUUAUGAUACGGCCUGUGUGCCGCAAGCAACGGGCUCCGCGCCCUUGCUUUAUGGACAAUGGACGGCAUACGUGCCCUUAUGAUACGGCCUGUGCGCCGCAAGCAACGGGCUCCUCGCCCUUGCUUUAUGGACAAUGGACGGCAUACGUGCCCUUAUGAUACGGCCUGUGCGCCGCAAGCAAUGGGCUCCGUGCCCUUGCUUUAUGGACAAUGGACGGCAUACGUGCCCCUAUGAUACGGCCUGUGCGCCGCAAGCAAUGGGCUCCGCGCCCUUGCUUCAUGGACAAUUUACGGCGUACGUGCCCUCAUGAUACAGCCUGUGCGCCGCAGGCAACGGGCUCCGCGCCCUUGCUCCAUGGACACUUCACGGCGUACGUGCCCUCAUGAUACGGCCUGUGUGCCGCAGGCAACGGGCUCCGCGCCCUUGCUUCAUGGACAAUGCGCCGCGUACGUGUUCUUAUGAUACGGCCUGUGCGCCGCAAGCAACGGGCUCCGCACCCUUGUUUUAUGGACAAUUCACGGCAUACGUGCCCGUAUGAUGUGACCUGUGUGCCGCAAGUAACGGCUUCGCACCCUUGCUUUUGGGUAAUAGAUGGCAUACGUGCCCUUAUGAUACGACCUGUGUGCCGCAAGCAACGGGCUCCACACUCUUGCGUUGUGGAUUAUAGACGGCAUUGAAAUGCUUACGUGCCUUCGUUGUACAUGCCUUUGCGUUGUGGACAAUGUGUGGUCUGAGCGCCACGUUCGGAUACGGCGUGUGUGCCGCCAGCAACAGGCUUUGCGCCUCGCAUCAUGUGUCUUGCGAUAUGGCCCGUGUGCCGCAUGCAAUUAUGCUGCCUGCCCUGUCGUUAUGGACGCUUCGACUUGUUGCGUGCCCUGCUGCGUGCCCUGUCGCAAUACGCCUUGAGUGUACCGUGCACGGCAAGCCUGCGCCUCGCUAUUGCUUCGUGUUGACAACGGAGCGGGCUUACGUGAUCAUGCGUCACCCUGUACGUCUUGAGGUCCGCACGCACAUCAUACUAUCACGCGGCAUCACCCUUGUAGUUUGGCUGACGCACCCCAAGCCAACCUAUAUGCAUUCGAUGUGUGCGCUAGGCCCAAGUGCCGAAUUUGUUUUUCCGGAUAUUUCGCCCUCAGUGAGCGAUGUGGAGUUUUGUGCAGUUCGGCCAGCAUGCUAUUGCCCAGCCAAUAA